AUGGUGGUCUCCAUGGGAGUUAAAUUUAUUAACAAUUUUCUCUUGUUGGAAAAAUCUGAAGGACAAAAAGGAGUAGGUGAUGGUACGAUUAGCUGCGGCCUUGAAGAUGAUGAAGAUACAACAUUGAAAACGUGGGCAGGGCCUCCAAGGACGGACUAUGAGAACAGGAUAUACAGCCUGAAAGUAGAAUGUGGACCUAAAUACCCAGAAGCUCUUCUGUCAAUUAGAUUUGAAAUAAAAAUUAAUAUGAAUAGAAUCAAUAAUUCCCGUGGAAUGAUGGACGCAUGGAGCAUACCAAUAUUAGCAAAACGGCGAAGUUCAUAUAGCCUUAAAGUUGUGCUUCAGGAGCUAAGAUGA